AUGUCGCACCAUCGUCGGAGACGGCAAGCGCCAGCACCCGUGCAGGUCAUCGCCGACCCCGAGGGCGAUGCUCCGUCACUAAGCGUCACCAUGCUCGGCGCCGGACAGGAGGUCGGACGGUCAUGCUGCGUCAUUCAACAUCGAGGCAAGACAAUUGUUUGCGACGCUGGCCUGCAUCCCGCCUACCCUGGCCUUGGAGGCUUGCCCUUCAUCGACGAGCUUGACUGGAGCACCGUGGACGCCAUCUUGAUCACACAUUUCCAUGUCGACCACGCGGCGGCGCUGCCGUACAUUAUGGAGAAGGUGCGAUUAAUGGUAUUGUGCUGGGAGCUGACAUCAGACGAACUUCCGGGACGGAAACGGCAAGGUGUACAUGACGCACGCGACGCGUGCCAUUUACGGACUGACGAUGAUGGACACCGUCCGCAUCAAAAUGCCGAAGCUGCUGGACGGCUGUAUAACGAGGCCGAUGUCCAGGCAAGCUGGGAGAACACGAUCGCGGUCGAUUACCACCAGGACAUCAACAUCUCUGGAGGACUACGCUUCACACCGUACCACGCUGGCCAUGUGUUGGGAGCUUCUAUGUUUCUCAUCGAGAUCGCGGGACUGAAGGUGCUCUACACCGGAGACUACUCGCGAGAAGAGGACCGGCAUCUUGUCAUUGCUGAGGUCCCGCCCGUGAAGCCGGACGUUAUGAUUUGCGAGAGCACGUUCGGUGUGCACACGCUACCGGACAGAAAGGACAAGGAGGAGCAGUUUACAAGUGAGUUGAUUAGCCGAGCAACGCAACUGACAUCAGCACUUGUGUCGAACAUUGUGCGAAGAGGCGGCAAGGUGUUGAUGCCGAUCCCGUCGUUCGGCAAUGGACAAGAGCUUGCGUUGCUGCUGGACGACUACUGGAACGACCACCCCGAGCUGCAAGGUGUACCAAUCUACUUUGCGUCUGGAUUGUUCCAGCGCGGAAUGCGAGUGUACAAAAAGUAUGUGCACACGAUGAACGCGAAUAUUCGGUCGCGAUUCGCGCGACGAGACAACCCGUUCGACUUCAAGUACGUUAAGUGGCUGAAGGACCCGAAGCGACUGGACCACAAACAGCCGUGUGUCGUGAUGGCGUCCGCGCAGUUCAUGUCGUUCGGUCUGUCGCGUGAACUGCUGGAGGAAUGGGCUCCGGACCCGAAGAACGGCGUCAUUGUUACUGGUUACUCGAUCGAGGGCACCAUGGCGCGCACAUUGCUAGGCGAGCCGGAUCACAUCGAGUCUCUCCGCGGUGGGCGCAGCAUUCCCCGCCGGUGUACAGUCAAGGAGAUCUCGUUCGGCGCACACGUCGACUACGCGCAGAACUCCAAAUUCAUUCAGGAGAUUGGCGCGCAGCACGUCGUGCUUGUGCACGGCGAGGCGUCGCAGAUGGGCCGUCUCCGUGCAGCGCUCCGCGACCAGUACGCCACGCGAGGACAGGAGAUCAACAUCCACACGCCGAAAAAUCUUGAGCCGCUCGUGCUCAACUUCCGCACCGAGCGUGUUGCGAAGGCAAUCGGAACGCUGGCCGAGGAGCGCCCGACACACGGUGCGGAGGUCCGCGGUCUCCUCGUCAGCAAGGACUUCUCGUACACUCUCCUCGACCCGAAGGACUUGAAGGACUUUACGGGUCUGUCGACGAGCACGAUUGUGCAGAGGCAGAGCCUGCCCAUCGGCGUCGACUUUAUGGUCGUCCGGUGGCACCUCGAGGGCAUGUAUGGCGAAGUCGAGGAGAGCCAGGAUGAGGAGGGAAGAGACCAGUUGACGAUGCAAUGGGUCUCGAACACGUCUAAUGACAUGAUUGCCGACAGUGCGCUUGUCGUUCUACUCGGCAUCGACGCCAGUCCCGCCACCGUCAAGAUGACGACAAACCCCCACCCGCACGCGCACCACGACCACGCCCCAGGCAAGUCGUCGCAUGACUUCGAGACGCUGCGCAUGUUCCUCGAAGCGCACUUUGGGCACGUCACCGAGCCGUCGAUGGACCCAGACAACGAUGAGUACCUCCAGAUGAAGGUGAAUGUGGAUGGCGUCGAUGCCGUCGUCGACCUCAUCAGCAUGAAGGUCGACUGCGACAACGAGGAGCUCAAGGGCAGAAUAGAAAAGGUCGUCGAGAUGGCACUCACGACCAUGACCCCGCUCAGCCGCCUGUUCGCAGGCCAGGCGCUCGAAGGCAGUCUGCCUGAGAUCGAGGCCAAGUAG